GAAAAUCGGUGAAAAAUCAUUGAACCGGACAAGAACCGGUCGGUUGGACCGAACCGGAAUCCGCCCGGUUUACACAAAAACGAAAGCUCCUUCGUUUCUUUCUCCCUUUCCCCCUUUCUUUCAUUCAGAAAGAAAUCACACAACCCCAGCCAAAAAACCCUAGCACUGUAAGCCUACACCACCGCCGCAAGGAGUGGCAUACUGCCGCGUCCGUCGCACUCAAAGUUCGCCAUCCGUCCGUCUAUCUAGCUUCCCUCGUGACCCAAGUCUUCAACCCCUGUUCGCUGUCACCGAUCGCGGUUGCUUCCUCGAGCUCGGCGUCCGUCGUCUUUGUCUGCUUAGCCGUGCUUCCGUCGCCGUUUGUUUGCUGUUCACGUUCGCGUCUUCGUUCAGCUGUCGUCUUCGUUCGCGUUCUUCGCCGUUCACGUUCGCUCGGCGUUCACUCGCCGUUCACCGUUCGAGUUCGCAUUCGUGUUCGUCUGGAAGCCACGUUGCUCUGCUUCAAACACUGCGACCAACCCGCGCGCUCCACCUAGCCGUCGAACUGCUCUCUUUUGUCGCCGCCAACCUUACUCUUGACACAACCAACGGUGGAGCCACGAUUAAGGGAAGGGGUAUAUCCAAACCAAAAACCAAAACCAUAAUCCUCUUUAAGUUCCAACGUUAAUGUCAUCCAUAAACAUGAACAUACCACUGUUGCACCCCAAAACCAGCACACCUCAUCAUUCACAGUUGCUCCUCACACAAAUCAGGACAUGCCAAAGCAUGCAAGAAUUGAAGCAAGUGCAUGCCUUUCUCAUCAAAACAGCACAAAACCAUGAACCUGUUGUGGCAACAGAGCUUCUCAGGCACUCUGCAACCUCUGAUUUUCGUGAUAUUGACUAUGCCCUCUCGUUGUUCGAUGAAAUGCCUGAACCAGAUUGCUUUGCCUGGAACACGUUGAUAAGAGCACUUGCUGAAACCCAUGAUAGGCCACUGCAUGCCUUGCUGUUUUUCUGCAAUAUGGUGUCUGAUGGGAUGGUGGAACCCAACAGGUUCACCUUCCCUUCUGUGUUGAAGGCUUGUUCAGUGUUGACCAGGUUGGAGGAAGGGAAGCAGGUUCAUGGUUUGGUUGUGAAGUUUGGAUUUUCUGGUGAUGAGUUUGUGGUUAGCAAUCUGCUAAGGAUGUAUGUGAUGUGCGGGAAUAUGGAGGAUUCCCAUGUUUUGUUUCGCAGGAGUUUUGAUGGUGUUGAUUAUAUGAACAAAGUGAUGAGGGAUAAGAGGAGGGAGGAGGGUAUUGUGGUUCUGUGCAAUGUGAUGGUUGAUGGGUAUGUGAGAGUUGGGAACCUUACGGCUGCUAGGGAGUUGUUUGACAGGAUGCAUAAAAGGAGUGUGGUUUCUUGGAAUGCAAUGAUUUCCGGCUAUGCACAAAAUGGGUAUUUUUUGGAGGCCAUAGAAUUGUUUCAUAGGAUGCAGAUGGAGGAUUUGCUCCCGAACCGGGUGACUUUGGUCAGCGUGUUGCCUGCAAUUUCACGGCUCGGGGCCAUUGAACUGGGGAAAUGGGUGCAUUUGUAUGCAGAGAGGAACAAGAUUAAGAUUGAUGACGCUCUUGGCUCUGCAUUAGUUGAUAUGUAUGCAAAGUGUGGGAGCAUUGGGAAGGCUGUUCAGGUCUUUGAGAGUCUGCCUAAGAGUAAUGUGAUAACAUGGAAUGCUAUACUCGGUGGUCUAGCCAUGCAUGGUAAAGCCAAGGACGUGUUUGAUUUUUUUGCGAGGAUGGAAAGAAGUGGCAUAUCCCCUAGUGAUGUAACAUACAUAGCCAUCUUGAGUGCUUGUAGCCAUGCAGGGUUAGUAGACAAGGGUAGAUCAUAUUUCAAUCAUAUGGUUAAUGUGGGGUUUGUGCCUCGGAUAGAGCACUAUGGAUGCAUGGUUGAUCUCUUGGGACGUGCUGGAUAUCUAGAAGAAGCCAAAGAACUUAUAUUGAACAUGCCAAUAAAAUCAGAUGAUGUCAUAUGGAAGGCUUUGCUUGGUGCUUGUAAGGUACAUAAGAAUGUUGAAAUUGGAAGGCGUGCAGCAGAGGUUUUAAUGCAACUGGCUCCACACGAUAGUGGGGCAUAUGUGGCUAUCUCGAACAUAUAUGCCUCAUCUGGUGAUUGGGAUGCAGUUGCAGAAGUGAGGUUGAUGAUGAAAGACUUGGACAUAAGGAAAGACCCUGGAUGCAGUUGGAUCGAGAUUGAUGGUGUUAUUCAUGAGUUUCUUGUUGAAGAUGAUUCCCAUCCUAGUGCCAAAGAAAUACACUCAAUGUUGGAGGAAAUUUCUAACAAAUUAAAUUUUGAAGGUUAUAGGCCAAAUACCACACAAGUCUUGCUUAAGAUGGAUGAGACACAUAAAGAAAGUGUGCUGCAUUACCACAGUGAGAAGAUUGCAGUUGCCUUUGGCUUAAUUAGUACAACACCAAAGACCCCACUUCAGAUUGUGAAAAACUUGCGAAUUUGUGAAGAUUGUCAUUCCUCCAUGAAAUUAAUAUCAAAGAUUUACAAUCGCAAGAUAACUAUCAGGGACAGGAAGCGGUUUCACCAUUUUGAGCAUGGUUCAUGUUCUUGUAUGGACUACUGGUAGUUGGUCAUUCUAUGGUGACUGCAACUAUAGGUUUUCGAUUGUUCUAACUGUUACUAACCUCCUUUGAGUGUCUUUGAAAAGCAAAGCCUCUGUACUGGUGAGUAUAGUUGCUAGAAUUUGUACAUCAAAAGAUCCUUUUUAUUGUCCAUAAAGUAGAUGCCUUUUGCACAUAACUUGCUCAGACUGAUGUAAUCUCAAAUAUAUAAACCUCCCAAGUACUAUAGUUACUUUUUGUUUUUCAAAAUUUAGUUGGCAUUUACCGUAUAAAAUUCUUAAGUUACAUUUUAACAAAUGAUCAUUACGGUCAUGUGAAUGUGCCUUAAAAGUGACUUUGAGAGAACUUUUGUCAUAACUGAGCUGUUUUCAAGUACAUUCUUGUGCAGAGAUUAAUAAUUUUGGAGGAGAGGUUUUCCAAUCAGCAUCGAAGGUAAUUUCCUUAGAACCACUUUUGAGAGGGGAACACACCUCAAGGUUCCCAUCCAAGCUGCAGCUCUACCAUUUUUGUCACACCGGUAGUCUGUAGCUCCAAUCACUGCUCAUGCAUAAUGUUCCUUAUUCAUAAAACACUGAAACAAACACCUUCCCUUGAUGAAAUGCCAAACCAUCUUACUCACUCCAUUACUUAAACUAUUCCAUCCAUAAGAUAAAUCCUAAUACCUUGGUAUUAUGGCUGCUUGCACAACCCUUAUCAUGGCUCACUUCAACCAAGUUCCAUUGGCUGCUGGAGAUUCCAUUGCCAUUUUCUCUUCAUUGAAUAUAAGAGCCGCUAUUUUGUGAGUCCCUCUUUAUCUUUCGUUCCUUUCUCCCCUCCCCUUUCUUUUGAUUUUAUGGAGCUCGUGAUUAACUUUUGUUGUCAUAUAACAACAUGCUUUUCAAAUGUUGGAUUAGUUCUGCAAUUGUCUUCAUAAGGAAAUUGAUAUGCUAAAGCUACUCCUAAAAACUACACUAACUAAAGCUAAAUAUUUUUCUUUUCCAUUUUAUUCAACAUAAAAGAUUACAUUCUAUAGGAACCUAAAAGACCCUAAAACAUUCUACUACUAGGACACACCACCUAUUCUAGAACAUAUGCCUAUGGCACCUACUACCUUCUUAGAAUAUUCCUAUAAUUAUCUUUCCCAUCAUGUCUUUUGCUAUAAAUCCUUCAGGUUCCUAGUUAUACAUCUUUCUGAACAGGACUUUGUUCUAUGCAUUGUUGAUUGUUCCUCAAUUGUCUUGACCAGUAGUUUCUCAUGUUUGAAAUCCCAUCUCUCCUUUGACUAUGGGCUUCAUAACUGUCUUGCAAUAUCUUGUUUGCAGUUUUCCCUAUAAUCUGGAAGGUGUUGCCUUGCUCCAAAAAUGCUGGUUUUAAAACUGAACAUGAUAUUCUUUUAUAUAUUUAUUAUUAGAAUGUUUUUAAUGACCUGUCAGUGUAAACAGUUUUAGACGUACAUUCAACUAGGUAAUGCUACGUCAGCAAAAUAACUACCUUUUACAUUGACCUCGUGAAUGGUUAUCCAAAUUAUAUCAUAUAAUGUAUUUAAAACAAAAAGCAAGUAAAAGCUCAUUACUCAGGUAAUAUGGACAAAGGUUAGGAAUUGCAUCAUGUGGUAUGUUGUGAACAUUCUAACAUAUACGCAAAAUAUUAGUCAUAAAUAAGUUACCCGUAUAAAAUACAUAUUUGAAACAUAAAAUAUAUAUUGGAAAUGUAUAAAACAACACAUGUAAAUAUAUACAAAUACACGGUAAUUGAUUUUUGUUGUGUACAAAGCAUUUUUUAAUCUCUUUAAUACUUCUUCUUUGGAAAGAUUUUUGUUCUUUGGCCAGUGUCAUCUUUUUUGUUCAAUUACAGCAGACCGCAUUUAAUUUUA